AUGGUUGGUCUUAAAAGUGAUUUUAUCAUCAUUGAUCCUGAUGAUCAAUUAUCAAUAGUUAAACGAAUUCUUAAAGAAGAAGUUAAAGAAACAAAUUUUUAUACUGAUAAACCGAAAGCUAUUAUAAAUUUUAUAAAUAAAUGUAAAGAUGAAGGUAAACGCUCAACAGAUAUUAUGAUUAAUCAUGAAAAUCGUUUUAAACAAUUAAUCUAUUCCAAAUAUGAAACAUAUAUUCAACAAGAAAAUAAACUUGAUUUUGCUGAAUUAAUUCUUUUAACAAAAGAAUUACUUGAAAAAGAAAUUGAUUUACAAGUACAUUAUUCAAAAAAAUUUCGUUUUAUACUUAUUGAUGAAUUUCAAGAUACAUCAACAUUACAAAUGGAUUGGUUAAAAUUAAUGAUUGAUAGAGAUCAUCAGAAUAAAACUGUACAAAAUUGUUUUAUGGCGGUGGGUGAUGAUGAUCAAAGUAUAUAUGCAUUUCGUGGUGCUCAAUGUGUGAAUAAUAUAGAUGAAUAUUUAAAAGCACUUUAUUUAAGCCGGGAAAAUCCAGAACAUAUUAUUAAAUUAGAACAAAACUAUCGAAGUACGAAUAUUGUAUUAGAAGCAGCAAAUUCAGUUAUUGAUCAUAAUCAAUCUCGUCUGUAAGUAAAUAUGAUACAGCCAAUCGAUAUCUUGCGUCCCGUUUUCAUUCAUUCAUAUCUUGUUUGAUAGAGUACAUUAAAUGUGUAGGUGUGAGUAUAUCUAUCUUCUGUUAAACCACACCCACCCUCACCCAUCCUCGCCCAUACCCUCACCCACCCUCACCUAUACUCACACCCACCCUCACCCACAUUCACAUCCAUUACCCACACCCACUCACACUCACAUCCACCCUCACCACACUCACAUCCACCCUCACC